CCAUCGGAAGUAAGUUAAAGGACAUUACUGAUAUUCAGAGGAAGAAAUUACAAGAAUUUCAGAGGAAAGAGGGAAUUCCACCACCAUGGAUCAUCAUCGUGUACACAAAGGAGCCUUGGGCCUUCUGGUCCAGGUGAUGCUACCUCUCCUGGCCUUGGCCUCCAGUACUGGUCCCCAGCUUCCACAGACUGCUGCCCCCCUGAUAGACGGGAAGCCAUUUGUGGUGAUUUGGAACAGUCCCUUGAAACACUGCACACAGCACAAUGUGCCACUUGACAUGUCAGCCUUCCAAGCGGUCACCACCCCUGAACUGGUGCCCAAUCAGUUCCUCAGCCUCUUCUACCGGGACCACAUGGGCCUGUGUCCAUGGACCGACUACAAGACAGAGAAUGAGUACAACGGCGGAUUUCCCCAGAACGGCGACCUCCAGGCCUCUCUGGCCAAGUCCAAGAGCGAUGUGGCCAAGUACAUCCCCAACUGGGUGCCAGGUCUCGGGGUUGUCGACUGGGAGGACUGGCGCCCCCUCUACAGCCGGAACUGGGGAACCAAGACAAUCUACCAAACGCUAUCCAUAGAAUACGCCCAGCAGCACGACCCCUCCCUCACCGCAGAAGCAGCCAAGGUCGUAGCCAAGCAGCAAUUUGAGAAGGCGGCCAGAGGUUUCAUGGAAGGCACGCUGAAGGUGGCGGAGAGUGAGAAACCUGAGUACCUAUGGGGCUUCUACCUAUUUCCAAACUGCUACAACUACGACUACGAUGAGCCGGGUUACACGGGGAAGUGCGGAGAGACCGUGGAGAGUCGCAACGACGAGCUCCUGUGGCUGUGGGAGGCCAGCACGGCCCUCUUCCCCUCCGCCUACAUGCCCACCACACUCAGCGACAACUACAAUGCCGCUCUGUUUGUCCGUAAUAUGGUGCAGGAGGCCCUUCGCACGUCCACGCUCCCCAAACGGCCCUACACCGCACCCGUCUUCCUCUACUCGCGCAUACUCUUCCGUGAACAGAACGAGCUCUUCUACAAAGAGAUCGAUCUGGUGAGGAGUGUAGGGGAGGCCGCGGCCCUUGGUGCCGCAGGAACUGUAAUAUGGGGAUUCGCUACCGACUAUCCUAAUGAGGCUGCAUGUGAGGGCCUAUCCAGCUAUCUUCUCUCCACGGUUAACCCAUACAUCGCCAACGUGACGGCCGCAGCUCAGGUGUGCAGUGACUUCCUGUGCCAAGGUAAUGGCCGCUGUGUGCGCAGGGACUACAACACGGACACCUACCUGCACCUGAACCCCGACCACUUCCUCAUCCAGCGCUCCGCCUCGGGCUACACGGCCACCGGAACACCCUCCACGCAGGACUUUGCCUACAUGUAUAACUACUUCACCUGCCAGUGCUACGCGGGCAAGAGCUGUUCAGUCUCCAUGCCCACGCAGCUUCCAGAGAGACCUCUGGUCAUACACAUAUAAUCCUCAUCACUCAUCGCUCUGGCCUCCUCUGAACACUCGUCCAUGCUCAUAAUUGUUCAUUGAUUAUAGUCAGGGCAGGACUGGCCAUCUGGCAUAGCGGACAUUUUCCAAUGUUAUUUUAUUUAGACUUGUUUGAUAUCAAUAUGUUAGUGAUUUGUACUACAUUUAGUAUUGUGCCCCUUACAUAAGCCAUGCUCAUGGUCAUCAGAUUGUUUUGAUUCCUGAUGAAUAAUUUUCCAUUUAAGCACAGGAGGCUUUAUACAGAUGAGAACAAUGAGAUCAAUGAGAACAUGGUUAAAGAUUCAACCACACAAUAAAUGUAGCAGCGCUAAUCCAAUACUUACAGAAUAUGACCCGCU